AUGGAUGAAACCAUUAACAAUUAUUUCUCCCCCUCAGAGCACCUGCUUGCUGCCCCCCUGUACCUGCUCGUUGCUACAGCCCAGGCCCGGGCCCUGGUCAUGCAGGAAGUAGCUGAAGCUGAACCAGCUUAUCUGUGCUGGGCUGGACCCUCCGGGACCGGGGGCUUCUGCCGCCAUAUGGCUGACCCAGGCCCUGGAGCCUUCCCUGGGGCGAGCCGUGCCUCAGCUCUGCCUGGAUCAGAGCGAGGACUGGCGCUCCAGGAAAAAGAGUCUCUGACUUUCCAUAUCCCCCCUCCUCUAUCCCAGCUACUAAGCCACACAAACGGAGGUGGUAGGAGGAAGAGUAAGGGAGAAGCCAAUCCAAGACCGGCAUGCGGGGGGGGCAUCACCAUGGUGAAGCCUGUCGACCCAGAGAAGGACACUGGAGAGCCGGGGGGGAACGGGAUGUCCCAGGGGAUACUGAGCAGUCAGCAGCUCCACCCCUGUCCUGUCUGUGGCAAGGUGUUUGGCAGACAGCAGACCCUGUCCAGACACCUGUCUCUACACACAGAGGAGCGGAAGUAUACGUGUCACCUGUGUCCUUAUGCAGCCAAGUGCAGAGCCAACCUCAACCAGCACCUGACCAUCCACUCUGUCAAGCUGGUCAGCACCGACGCAGAGCAGAUGGUCAGCGCCGUAGCCACCGCUGAGGGACGAGACGGGAAGACCUUCCCCUAUUACUACAGCUGCCAUGCGUGUGGUUUCCAGACGGGGCUGAACGCCCAGUUCGUCAGCCACAUGUCUCUUCACGUGGACAAGGAGCAGUGGAUGUUCGCUCUGUGCUGCAGCGCCUGUGACUACGUCUGCGUGGAGGAGAGUGACAUGAAGUCCCACGUCAGUCACGGACACACAGGUCUGAACUCGCGGAGCCCCCUCAGUGAGACUAAGAGCACCUCCUCCUCCCUGUCGGCCCUCAGCGAUUCACUGAACAGCUCAGAGGGUGGAGAACUUACCCAUGCCAAUGAGGAGCUCAAGAACCUGCUGGCCCCUCCCUCCUCUGCAGGCAGCCAAUCCAGCUCCAGCAGCCACUCGGGAUCAGGAACUGAAGAGAAGUCUGAAAAAGGCUUCGAGUGCGUCUUCUGCAACUUUGUGUGCAAGACACGGACCAUGUACGAGCGCCACCUCCAGAUCCACCUGAUCACGCGCAUGUUCGAGUGCGACGUGUGCCACAAGUUCCUGAAGACGCCCGAGCAGCUGCUGGAGCACAAGAAGUGCCACACCGUCCCCACCGGAGGGCUCAAGUGCCCCGUCUGCAUUUAUUCCACCAAUCGACCGGCGGCCAUGGAGUGCCACCUGAAGACCCAUUACAAGAUGGAGUACAAGUGUCGCAUCUGCCAGUCGGUGUGGUGCGACCAGCCCGCGCUGGAGAGGCACGUGCGCGAGCAUCGCCUCGGCAACCACUACAAGUGUGAGCAGUGCGGCUACCUGUCCAAGACGGCCAACAAGCUGAUCGAGCACGUGCGCGUGCACACGGGCGAGCGGCCCUUCCACUGCGACCGCUGCGGCUACAGCUGCAAGCGCAAGGACAACCUGAACCUGCACAAGAAGCUGAAACACGCCCCGCGCCAGACCUUCGGCUGCACGGAGUGCCCCUUCACCACCACCCACCCCUUCAUCUUCAGCCGCCACCUCAAGAAGCACCAGGGUGGAGGGGAAGGGGAGGAGGGCGGCGAGGAGGAGUUCCAGGCCCAGCUAGGGGGCUCUCUGGUGGGGUCUCUGCGGGGCGGGGAGCCCUUCCUCCUGGGGGUAGGUGGAGGUGGGAGUAGCGGGGGGAGCGGUAGCAGCAGCCCCCUCAUGAUUCUCUCUGCCUCCCAGGCCCUGCAGUCUGUCGCCUUGUCACUCAUCACAGGGAAACAACACCACCGUCAACAGGAACUCCCGCCCCCAGCCCAGCGUUACCUGACCACAACCAAUGGAGGAGGCCCCUCCCUCUUCUUCCCCUCCCCACGCCACGUCUACGAGCAGUUGGGAAACUGCGAGCGGGCGCACCUGAUCCCCCUCACAACCCUGUUCACCCACCGCCACCGCUCCACAUUCCACUCGCCCCUCUCCAGACUCCAGAUGCCGCCCUCCUCCUCCCCCAUUUUCCUCUCCUCCACCGCCUCCUCCCCCUCUCCUCCCUCGCCCACCUCACUCAAACACUCCUUCCUGGCUUACCUAGGACUGGGACUGAUGGAGAGAGCCAAGACUGUGUGACUGUUCUCCUCUCCUCCUUCUCAUCCCUAUCUCUACCCUCCUCCCUCUCGUUCCCCUUUCUCUCCAUCUCCAU